AUGUUGGCAGAAAUAAUUGAUAUAUUUUUGUCAUUAUUUUCGCUUAUCUUGAGCGAUACACCACGCUUAUCUUUGCAAGAACAAAUUCAUCCAACAGAUGACACGGAAGAUGGAGGGGUUGAUAAUGAUAGAUGGCAACCGUAUAUCAAUAAAGAAUACGAAAACUUUCAUACCAACGAACAGUUAAGCUCAGUGUUGGUUGAUGAAAUAUUACCAGAUUAUACAAGGCUUGAUGGUACUUCGUCUGGACGGAGGAAUUGUUGGGAGUCGAUUCGGAGAAGUCUAUGGACAACUCUGAGAAUUACUUUCGCUAUAUUGAUACCGACAACUUUGACACUGGCGUUUCUUUUUAUUGAUUUAAACACAACGGAUCUUUGUUUGGAAUGGCAAUAUCACAAUAACACUUUACCAUUUUCUGUAAAACGACUUCGUUUGAUCGGUCACAGUGUUGAAGUCAUGAUAAUCAAUUUUUGGUUUCCGCUAACAAUGGUAGUUUUAUUUGGAUGGAAAGAGUUUAAACUGAGGUUUUUGUCCACCUUUUACGUCGCUUUUAUCUUUGGAGAAACGACAGUAAUUUAUUACUUAUCUUUGCUGGUAUUUGGUGUCUACGGUACGAGCGUGUAUUACAGAUAUCCUGCAAAUGCGCUCUUCUUUUCUGGCAUAAUCUGCUGUUGCAUUCUCGUGCUUCGCAAUAUCCGAGCGAACCGAUCGAGGAAUCAUACAUUGUCCUAUUCUAAGUUUCAUAUUUUGGCUUUAGUUUCAGCAGAGUUCCUCGCAUGUUCUGUACUGGGAGUGACCUACAGAUACGCUAUAGUGCCUUUUUUUAAUGGCAUAAGACAAGAAAAUUACAAAUUCUUGGUGGCUGUGAUGGUGCCAGGAUUAACCAUCAUCCCUGCGGCGAUUUGUAAGCACAUAGCGUUGAGACGAAGCUCCGAG